AUGGUUACCACAAGGACGGGCGAGCUUGAUGAACGAAUCUCAACCUGCGCAGCCUUGGCUUCCAUUUCGCCUCAUGUGCCUCUGAAAACUUGUAGCGCUUCCCCUGAAGAAUACGAUUAUACUAACCGGCGCCGUUGCUCUCGAAUAUUUUCCGUGGGUGAUAGAUGA